AGUCGUCGAUCGUAGUUGUUGCGCGUUGUGUGUGCCAACUUCGAGACCUCAUUUCAUCGCUCCCAUUAACGAGUAAUAUUAGACCACUUUUCUCUUCAAUAUAAUGUUUUUCUUUACAAAUUAUCGAAGAGAAAUUAAUUUCAAAAUCUGUGCAGACGUGUAUCCGUACAUUUCGAAGCUCAAAUAAAACCGCGAUACGCUAGUGAUCAAACUUAAUCAUAAUCUUCGCAAAAUAAGAUUUUAAUAACGUCGUGCCGUCAAUCGUUUUAAAAAAAUAUAAAAGAUCCGCAGAAUAAAAUGUUUGCAAGUAAAUUUUGCAAACUAAAGGUUUCGCAUGGCCAGUCUGCCUGAUACCAACCAGAUAAGAUAAAAAGUCAAACGUGACAUUUGCAAGCACUGUGGGACUCAUUAUCGGCCACUCGUCCAUCGGCAAGUGAAAUUCCUCGGUUGGAAGUAGGUCGCAAACAGACGUUAAUAUGAAACAAGAACGAAGCCCGUGAGACAUUCUUUCGAAAGUUUUCAAUACGUAGAUUCGAUGAGCUCAAAGUUCAAGGCAAUUAUUACUAAUUCUAAUAAACCUAAAGCAAUCAUUAUUAAAGUCCAUGUACAUGCAAUGUGCAUAAAGUACGAUCAGAAUCGCAAGUAGUUAUGUCCUUGAAUGUAUUAUUUACAUAUUAUACAAGAAGCGAGGUAAAGACAAUAUAUUAUUACGAGUGUUACCGAGAAUUAUGUUACGAUUGAUUAAUCAGACUCCCUAUUCGUCUGGCCGCACGUACGAAUCACGAGUUCAUCCACCGCAAAAGAUGGUCCUUAAAUGUCAAGAACGAUUAUUAUUGCGAAAAGAAGAAAGCGCAUAAUUUACCAUGCAUUCGAAAGUGACACGCGGCGGGAGGAUAUGAGAUCGCAGCAGCUGAUCGUUAUUUGGAAUCAAUACGUUCGAAGCUAAUCGCGACAUUCAGGCGACGACAUACGAACUGUUUGAAAGAAGUUGCUAAUGUUGGUUUAUGUAAGGACAUUUAUUAGAAACAAUAAUGCAAAAGCGCUCGGCUGCAACUUGCAGCACGCGGUUGUGCGGAAGUAAAAUCGGACAAUCUCAAUUGGCGACUCAAGAAGUAGGACGCGCGUGGCAAAAUUAAAGGAGAUGUUUCUCGGAUGAUGGAAAUGGUGAAGGAAAAACCGCGUAGACGAAGCGUGAGCGAGCUGCUCCAUUGGAGAUGCUUAGCUGAGUGCAAGGGCACCAGCGCCGGAGACGAAAACGAUAACGCAGGACUCUUGCUGGAAGAUUAUGACAGAGAACCAGAAACACGCAGACGGAGACGAUCCGGUACUUGGCCGAGAACGAGGAGUCUAAACGCGCCCAGUCCCGUUCAACACUUCGGGCGAUGUGGGCGUAUCAUGAAAAAUCCUGCGAUGGUUAUGACCAUUCAGGACCCGGCCUCUCAGAGAUUGACGUGGUACAAGCCACCGCUCUCUGUUUUGGUCAUUAAAAAGGUCCGCGAUUCAUCAGUCCUGCCACCGUUUGUUGAGUUGGUCACAUGGUUAAUAGAGGAAAAACGGAUGGUGGUCUUUGUAGAAGCUUCUGUUCUGGAGGACCCAGCUUUGGCCAGAGAUCCAAAGUUUCGAAGUGUUCGAGAUAGAUUACAAACUUUUAGGGAUGGCACAGAUGACUUGCAGGAUAAAAUUGAUUUUAUUGUUUGCUUGGGAGGCGACGGCACACUUCUUUAUGCCAGUCUAUUAUUCCAACAGUCAGUGCCACCUGUAAUGGCAUUCCACCUUGGUUCCUUAGGAUUUCUCACACCCUUCGAAUUUGACAAUUUUCAGGAGCAAGUGACCAAUGUUCUCGAAGGUAAUGCGGCUUUAACUUUAAGGAGUCGUCUGAGAUGCGUCAUUGUACGCAAGAAUGAAGACAGUCAACCGGCUGAACCACCGACGAAUCUCUUGGUAUUGAAUGAGGUUGUAGUGGAUCGAGGGCCCUCGCCUUACCUUUCGAAUAUCGACCUAUUCAUUGAUGGCAAACACGUGACGAGCGUCCAAGGUGAUGGCUUGAUCGUGAGCACACCGACCGGGUCGACCGCUUAUGCAGUUGCCGCUGGAGCCAGUAUGAUUCAUCCUUCAGUUCCUGCAAUCAUGAUCACACCGAUCUGCCCUCACUCUUUGUCCUUCAGGCCGAUCGUCGUACCUGCCGGGGUCGAACUCAAGAUAAUGGGGAACAGCAAUGCCCGCAGUACAGCUUACGUCUCCUUCGAUGGUCGCAAUCAGCAAGAGCUGCGUGUCGGGGACAGUCUCAAGGUAACUACUUCUGUGUACCCGGUGCCUAGCAUUUGCGCAGCCGAUCAAAUCACCGACUGGUUCGAUUCCUUAGCCGAAUGCCUUCACUGGAACGUCAGAAAACGCCAGAAGCACUUGGACGAGUUAAGUGACCUCACGCAUUCAUCCAGCAACGAUACUUUAGAUUCCUUCGAUCGAGAUAGUUAGGUCAAGGGGGAUACUCAUAUAUAGACUGUAUCAUAAUUGACAAUAUUUGGCCAAAUAUAACUCGGCUGAGAAACUGAGUAAUUAAAAUCGAUUAUUCGAUUUUUCUAAAUAAUCUCGCCUUUAUCGAUUAAAACUUUUUUAACAAAAUCUUGUUAAACGCAGUGGAAGAAAACCGGUAAAAAACUGAUUGGUUGUCAGUAAAGUUGUGUCCCAUGAGAUCGUUCUCUCUAGGAAACAUCUGUGUAUAAAGUCUACGAUUGAAGAUGGAUAUUAUAUAAUUUAGAUCACAAAAAUGAUUCGAUCAUGAUAGUGUAAAAAAUCUCAAUUCCUAAUAAUAAAGUGCAUUUGUCUUCGAAGAGAAUAUGUGUCAUGCGAAAUAUUGUUUAAAUAUUGUCAUGAUGAAGAAAUGAUAUACUAUUAAUAAUCCGAGAAUGCGCGCAUAUACAACAUAUUUAUUAAUAAUUGCGUCUUGGUCUGUAAAAUGACCCAUAGAUUUUAUUGAAUACGUGAGAAUUUUUUACUUGUACAGAUAUUUUUAUUUUCUAGUUUUCUUUAAUAUGGUAUAAAUGUGAGACCAUACUCUUGCUUUUUUACUGAUUAUAAUCGUAAUCGAUUUAAUGUAAAUCGAUUUGUAAAUGUUGAAUUUUCCUAUAAAACUUUUUAAUAAAAAAUAUGUUUUAUACAAUA